AUGAAGGUGGGUGUAGUUAUUGCUGCCAUGGCGAUGCUAGUAAUGGUGCUUUUUGCGGCAAUGCUAGGGGAGGCAGCCAUCAAUUGCUCACAAGUGCACUCGUACCUCGUCCCCUGCAUAUCUUAUCUAACAAAUGGGAGUGAUUACCCAACAGACAGAUGCUGUAGUGGGUUGAGGAAUCUACAAGCGAUGGCGAAGACAUCUGCUGACCGACGAGCAACUUGUUAUUGCCUGAAGCAAAAUGCAAGUCAGUACCCGAACAUAAGGGAUGAUACAGCCUCCGCGCUCCUGGCUAUAUGUGGUAUCGAAACAAGGUUCCCCAUCUCUAGGGACGUCGACUGCAACGAGUGA